GGGGACAGGGGCCAGGUACCUGGAUGGGACCGGCCGCCGCCAACUCUCGCCCGUGGGACGACGGCAGCCCCCUGGGCAGGUAAAAGAACGUCCUUUCAACUCAGGGAAACCUUGAUGAUUUUGUGUUUUUGAAAUUGAGUCAACAGUGAAGACGAGAUAUCUGGGAACAAAAGAGCAACUUGGCUGCUGACUUUCUUAUCAGAAUUUCAAGUGAUUGUGUAAGCAGAAACAAGCUGCAAAGAAUCAUUGUGUCACCCAGCUAUUGGGAGAAUGCACUAUCCUAACUUAACUACUGUUCACAUGUAGAUCAUUUAGUUUUUCUGACCAUGUCUAUCCCUGAAAUAGUAAAUAACAUCCCUAGAUUCUUUGUUGGGACUGAAGAAGGAGAAACAGAUGAGCUAGGAGAUCCUGCUAAGCCUGGAGAUUUUCAGCACUUCUAUGGACAUGCAGAUGAGGAAGAAGAGGAAGAUGAUUCUCCUCCAGAAAGACAGAUUGUGGUUGGAAUAUGUUCUAUGGCAAAAAAAUCCAAAUCAAAACCAAUGAAGGAAAUUCUUGAACGUGUUUCCUUGUUUAAAUACAUCACAGUAGUAAUAUUUGAAGAGGAUGUUAUUUUGAAUGAACCAGUAGACAACUGGCCACUGUGUGAUUGUCUUAUUUCUUUCCAUUCUAAAGGAUUUCCACUGGACAAAGCAGUUGCCUAUGCAAAACUCAGGAACCCAUUUGUGAUCAAUGACUUGAAUAUGCAAUAUCGUAUACAAGACAGGAGAGAAGUGUAUAGUAUUCUUCAAGCUGAAGGUAUUUUACUUCCUCGUUAUGCAAUUUUAAACCGAGAUCCAAAUAAUCCCCAAGAAUGCAAUCUAAUUGAAGGGGAGGAUCAAGUAGAAGUAAAUGGAGAAGUUUUCCAAAAGCCAUUUGUAGAAAAACCCCUCAGUGCUGAGGAUCACAAUGUUUACAUUUAUUAUCCAACAUCUGCUGGAGGUGGAAGCCAAAGGCUCUUUAGGAAGAUUGGAAGCAGAAGUAGUGUUUACUCCCCAGAAAGCUGCGUGAGAAAAACAGGCUCAUACAUUUAUGAGGAGUUCAUGCCUACAGAUGGCACUGAUGUCAAGGUAUACACAGUAGGUCCAGAUUAUGCCCAUGCUGAAGCACGGAAAUCCCCUGCACUUGAUGGCAAAGUAGAACGAGAUAGUGAAGGGAAGGAAGUCAGAUAUCCUGUUAUCCUCAAUGCUAGAGAGAAGUUAAUUGCUUGGAAAGUCUGCCUUGCAUUUAAGCAAACGGUUUGUGGCUUUGAUUUGUUACGUGCCAAUGGACAAUCCUAUGUCUGUGAUGUCAAUGGCUUCAGUUUUGUGAAGAAUUCUAUGAAAUAUUAUGAUGACUGUGCAAAAAUACUUGGCAACAUUAUAAUGCGAGAGCUUGCUCCACAAUUUCAGAUCCCUUGGUCAAUACCGUUAGAAGCUGAAGAUAUCCCAAUUGUACCAACAACAUCUGGAACUAUGAUGGAACUCAGGUGUGUAAUAGCAGUUAUUCGUCAUGGGGAUAGGACGCCAAAGCAGAAAAUGAAAAUGGAGGUGAGACACCAAAAAUUUUUUGAUCUUUUUGAAAACUAUAAUGGAUAUAAAACUGGAAAAUUAAAAUUGAAAAAGCCAAAACAAUUACAGGAAGUGUUGGAUAUUGCUCGACAACUUUUAAUAGAACUGGGGCAAAAUAAUGAUUCUGAAAUUGAAGAAAGUAAAGCAAAGCUUGAACAAUUAAAAACUGUAUUGGAGAUGUAUGGUCAUUUUUCUGGAAUAAAUCGUAAGGUCCAGCUGACUUAUCUCCCUCAUGGUUGUCCUAAAACAUCUAGUGAAGAAGAAGACAAUCGAAGAGAAGAGCCAUCUUUACUUUUGGUUCUGAAAUGGGGAGGAGAAUUAACUCCUGCAGGAAGGGUCCAGGCCGAAGAACUUGGAAGAGCUUUCAGGUGUAUGUAUCCUGGAGGACAAGGUGACUAUGCAGGAUUUCCUGGUUGUGGUUUACUUAGAUUACACAGCACCUACAGACAUGACCUCAAAAUAUAUGCUUCUGAUGAGGGUCGAGUCCAAAUGACUGCAGCAGCUUUUGCAAAGGGUCUUUUGGCUCUAGAAGGUGAGCUUACCCCCAUUCUUGUCCAAAUGGUAAAAAGUGCAAAUAUGAAUGGACUUUUGGAUAGUGAUAGGGAUUCCCUAAGCAGUUGCCAACAUCGUGUGAAAGCAAGACUUCAUGAAAUACUGCAGAAAGAUAGAGAUUUUACUCCUGAAGACUAUGAAAAGCUUACUCCAUCUGGCAGCCUUUCUGUUAUCAAAUCAAUGCAAUUAAUUAAAAAUCCUGUGAAGACCUGUGACAAAGUUUACUCCUUGAUUCAAAGUUUGACUUCUCAAAUCAGACAAAGAAUGGAAGAUCCCAAGUCAUCAGACAUCCAACUUUAUCAUAGUGAAACAUUAGAACUAAUGCUACGUCGAUGGUCCAAGUUGGAAAAGGAUUUUAAAACAAAGAAUGGAAAAUAUGAUAUCAGUAAAAUCCCUGACAUAUAUGAUUGUAUAAAAUAUGAUGUUCAGCAUAAUGGCUCCUUGAAAUUAGAAAAUACAAUGGAUUUGUACAGGCUUUCAAAGGCAUUAGCAGAUAUUGUUAUCCCUCAGGAAUAUGGCAUAUCUAAAGCUGAAAAACUGGAGAUUGCCAAAGGCUUCUGCACUCCUCUAGUUAAGAAAAUUCGAUCAGACCUUCAGAGAACACAAGAUGAUGACACUGUGAAUAAACUCCAUCCUCUGUAUUCCAGAGGUGUCAUGUCCCCUGAACGUCAUGUCCGUACUAGAUUAUAUUUCACCAGUGAAAGUCAUGUACACUCUUUACUAUCCAUCCUUCGUUAUGGUGCCUUAUGUGAUGAAUCAAAAGAUGAUCAGUGGAAGCGUGCUAUGGAUUACCUAAAUGUUGUCAAUGAACUCAAUUACAUGACUCAGAUUGUUAUCAUGCUCUAUGAAGAUCCAAACAAGGAUCUGUCCUCCGAAGAGCGUUUUCACGUUGAGUUACACUUUAGCCCAGGAGCCAAAGGCUGUGAAGAAGACAAAAAUUUACCAUCUGGGUAUGGUUAUAGACCUGCUUCAAGAGAGAAUGAAGACAAAAAGAAAUUCUCCAGAAAAUGUGAAUGUGAUGAUGAGGCAUACAGAUUUAAAAAGGAUGAGCCUGAUAGAGCUGUAGUAAUUUUCAAACCCAUGGUAUCAGAUCCAAUUCACAUACACAAAAAAUCUCCCCUUCCACGAAGUAGGAAGGCAAGUGAAGAAGAGAGCCCCCUGAGUGUGUCUAGCCCAGAGGGUACUGGUACCUGGCUGCAUUACACCAGUGGUGUGGGUACUGGGCGUCGAAGACGCAGAUCAGGGGAACAAAUCACCUCUUCCCCUGUCUCCCCUCAAUCACUGGCAUUCACAUCCAGUAUUUUUGGCUCAUGGCAACAGGUUGUUUCAGAAAAUACUAAUUUUCUGAGAAAACAAAGGAAUAUGGACCAAAAGCAGAGUGCAGUAGGGUCUCACUGUGCGAGCCUGUUUAGCACCUCAGUGCUCGGGGGUUCUUCAAGCGCACCUAACCUCCAGGAUUAUGCUCGUACCCAUCGUAAAAAGCUGACUUCUUCUGGCUGCAUAGAUGACGCCACACGUGGUUCUGCUGUUAAAAGGUUUUCUAUCUCAUUUGCUCGACACCCAACCAAUGGCUUUGAAUUAUAUUCCAUGGUACCAUCUAUCUGCCCUCUAGAAACUCUUCACAACGCCUUAUCUUUAAAGCAGGUGGAUGACUUUCUUGCUUCCAUUGCACUUCCAUCAAAUGAAAGAAGAAUGACAACUCCUUCUUGUUCUCAGCUUUGCGAUUCAAGUCCACCUCCGAGAAGAAAAAUAUCUUUAAAUACGUACACACCUGCAAAGAUUCUUCCAACACCAUCUUGCACUAUAAAGACUCCUAAAGGAAGCAAAGAAGACAGCAGUGCAUCUAAAAAGACUCCAGAUAACAAAACAGAAGAUGCAAUUGAACAAAAAGAAACAUCUGAGGAGAAGAAAUGAAAAAACUGGAACCAGCUUCCCACACCCCAAAAAAAUUAUUAGGGGGGAAAAAAGAACACAAUAAACCUUUACUUCUCAAAGCCAUUCAUUUAAGUUUCUUGUUGUACACCAUGUGUCCAUUUAAAUGUUUUCAGAGCUGCUUGUACGCUUUACAUAUAUUCAGGUAAAAGGGUCUUUUGUUACUGUCUUUAAAUAUUUAAAACAAAGAUGUCCUGAAUGUUUUGUCAGUUAUAAUUUUAUAUAUUAAAAAAGCUACACAAUUUUUUUUGAGUGUCUGAUGUUUACUGUAUACCUGUGGUGGAAGAAGAAAGGUGGUGGGAAAAACCCCACUAGUAUAUACCGUAGUGGCUUUGAUAAUGUCACUCUACAGUAUGAUAUUAUUGCCAUUAUGCAGUCUUCUAUUUUCAGAGGAUUGCAAAUUGGUGUUGAAAAGCUUUCUUAGGUUGAAACAGCAGCCUGAGACCAUUGUUUAUUUAAGUGCAUUUCCAGAAAGAUUUCAUUGACCAUUUAAGUUAAAAUCUUUUACAUUAUGGAGGUUGUUGUUAAAGUGAUCACUUAUGCUGCAAUAUUUAGACAUCUGGAGUAUUAUUGAAGGGGGAAAUUUCUUUUGUCCAAUCUGUUUUUAAUGUGUUAUGUAUAUGUUUAAGUUAAAUUCAAUAUUAUUUGAGGAUUAAAUUUGCAUAGUUGGAAUUAAUAUGCCCUUGUACAAAAAUAAUGUAAAAAUUACUUUGUAGAAAAACUUCUUAUCUGUAUAUUUUCUUAUAAGGAGUGCUUUUGUUCAUCAGAAAAUUGCUUGUUUCAUGUAUUGAUAAGAAAGCAUCUCUUUGGGUUUAAUUUUUUCAAAGGUGACUUUACAAAUUUUCCAGUAGGAGAAAUUUUAAAUAAUAGGCACCUACUCUUAAAUGAUAAUGGUGACCCUUUUCAGCUUAAGGAAUUCCAUCCCCAAAUUGAGCGACUUUGUUAGAAUAAUUGGAUGUUAACUGUUCAGACUUAAAAACCUAACAGAAGUCUUAGGUUUAGUAAUGUUUGUACCACCUUCAUUAUUUCUGUGAUUUUUUUAAGUCAUCUCAUUAUAAAAUGACAAACUUAAGCUUUUUAAAUGGGUGCUUUUAAAAUUAUCAGAUUUUCAGCAUAAUUAUCUGAGCUCAUUGUGUGUUGUGAUUUCAUCUAUGGCAUGAAGUAUUAAGUCUUCAGGAUUGUCAUCCUCUCACUCUUUUUACUGCCUCAUUUAUUAUGAGCCACUUAAGUCUAUAAACCAAACAAGACAGCCUGAUACCAAGAAACCCAUGUAUUACGGAUUAGAUAACUUCUCUUGGUAUAACAUUAGCUUAAAAUAAACAUCUAAGGACAAGUAAUUUUUAUUGAGUACUGUCAGUAUGAACAGAAUUUAUUCUAUCUCACAGGGGAAACUGUACUAAUUUUCAAGUGAUCAUAUAUAAAAUGGCAUUUAGAAAAUAAGCAUAAGUGCUGGUUAUAUAAAGGUACCAAAUACAAAGGAUACACAAACAUAUGCCUUUGUACAUUUCACAUGAAUGUAAAUAUAUAAUGUAAGCAUUCGAAUGUACUUGUUAAAUUUCCUGUGUUUUAAAUGUACUUAUCAUUCCAUUAAAAUCUUCAUUUUUAAAAUUGUUGCUGAGCUUAAUAAAAAUGGCAGUUUCA